AACGACUAAUAUUAGAAACAGGCAAUAGAAUUUUGAAUGUGUGUGUUAAACUUUACAAUAUUGUACUAUUUAUUUGGAUAGCAGCACAUCGAUAUUAUUGAAGGAGCUAAAAAGUGGAUGAUUGAAACGCUUAAUCGAGAUCGGCGAUCUUUUAUUGCCGGCGAAAAAAUAAUGUCACAUUUUCCGUUUCGAGGAUCACCUUUACAGGCACAGAAUACCGUAUCCUCAACACCACCAUCACCACCUGUUUCUGUAGCAAUGGCAGUAACUACAACUAUUCCUCCUGGCGCUCGAAGUUCAUCACCGUGUUCAGCCGCUUCAGGGCCACCACCAACAAAUCGCUGCUGCGAUUCUGGAAGACCGUUGUUCACAGAUCCCACAACUGGACAAACCAUUUGCUCAUGCCAACAUGAACAAAUGUUGAAUUACCAGCGAAUUGCCCAAGCAAGUUUAAUGGGACCUGGUGGUAUGCCUCUAUCGAUGUAUAAUUCAGCUGCAUAUGCCGAGGGUCUUCCAGCUGCAGCUUACAUGCCCGGAGUUGGACCAGAGCAAUUUCACUACACUGGAUUGGAGUUGAAAGAAAAUUUGGCGACUGGUGCACCCUGGGCUUAUCCAUAUCCAUAUCCCUAUGAUCCAUCUUUAGGACCAUACGCAUUUAAUGGAUAUGGAAUGGAAUUGAAUGGAGCACGCCGGAAAAAUGCCACCCGUGAAACAACCAGCGUACUUAAAGCAUGGCUAAGUGAACAUAAAAAAAAUCCAUAUCCCACCAAAGGUGAAAAAAUUAUGCUGGCGAUUAUAACAAAGAUGACCCUUACCCAAGUUUCUACUUGGUUUGCAAAUGCUCGCCGACGGUUAAAGAAAGAAAAUAAAAUGACAUGGGAGCCAAAGAAUCGGGUCGACGAUGAUGACGCCAACGUGGUAGACGAUGAUGAUGAUGACGACGAUGAUGACGAAAAUGAACAAGACGGAAAAAGCAGAAACGAUUUAAAAGACAGCGGAACUGUUUCAAGUGAAGAAGGUGACAUGAAUAAAAUGCAACGCCUUAAUGAAUCUAGACCUGGUAGUACAUCGCCGGAUAUUCGAUCAUCAGGUGCUGGAAAUUAUCCACUUUAUCAUCCAGCUGGUUUAUAUUAUCGACAGCCAGUAGAUAUGAAACAUACAUCUGGUGGCAGUACAAAUCAUAGUCUUAAUAGUAAGCCACGAAUAUGGUCAUUAGCUGAUAUGGCAAGCAAAGAAGAAAAACAGCCAAAUGAUAUCAAGCAAACCCCACCGAAUGCAACAUUGCCGGGAUUGUAUCCAUCCUCUACCGGAAAAAUUAUAUCACCACUUCCAAGUCGCAUGCAUUACGCGCCAUUUUUUAAACCAGACAUGGGUAAAGAUAUUUAUCGAAAUUUUAAUCCACCGCAUUUACCUGUGCGGCAUGAAUAUGGAGCGUUUUUAGAGUCAUAUCAGCGAGCUCUAGAAUCCGUACAUCCACUCUCAUCAGUCAUUUCAAAAUCCAUAGAGAAUAAUAAUCAAUCAUUUGCUCCACUGAGUCUCACAACAAAUAACAAUAACUCAAACAGUAAUAAUAAUCAUACAGCUGCCCUGGCUGGUGUAUCCCCAUCAGCCUCAAGUACAUCAUCGAGACCAGAAAACUCCACACCCGUAUCAACGUUACCAUCAACCAUUGAAACAAACGUAGUCAUUCAUUAGUAUAGUUUCUAUUAAAUCGUGUUCAGAAACUGACAGAUCAAAAAGAAGUGGAAACCUCUAUAAAAUGUACGUUGUUUUCAAAUAUUCAACGAAACCUAAGUAUUGAAUGGAUGAGCUGAGGAUCAUUCCUAGAUCUCAAACUCCUUUUAAAAUAUUGUUUAAAAAUUAUAAACCGGACUGUAAUCUCUUAGUUUAUGUGAGUUCACAACCAGUGCAAAGUGUGAAAGAGUAAUAAAAUACAAAUAUCUGGCACAAUCUAAUUUUUAAAAAAAGAUUAUAUUAUAUAAACAUUUCAUCAAAGAAUUAACUUUAAUCAAAAAAAUGUCAACUUUCAGUGAAAGAAGUCGAAAAGAUUCCUCAAUUAUCUUAAACGCAACCGAAAUAUAAAAAAAUACAAAAAAAAAUGCCUAAGUACACUCAUACAUAUUUUCUUUUAAAUGCGUUUUAAUUUGCACAAAAAUUGGUGGAUGAGAACUUGAAAAAUGAUUGUAUUAUGGAAUCACAUAUUCCUACAUACUAAAACUGUAAUCCCAAAUCUUUUGGACAAUAAUUUAAAUGUGAUUUAUUUGUAUAAAAUAUAAAAGAAGAAAAAACAACAAUAAAACAUAUAAAAAUAUGUUGAAGCGAUUCGAGCGCCAAAAAAAUUAUUCUACACGUAAUUUAACAUAAUAACGACGUUAAAACACACAUUACACAUGACGUUUUAUGGAAACAUGUACAUAAGCAAAAGAAAACCGUAAAAAACGCAGUUGAAUAUAGCAAAGAAUAAACAUGUCAUAAAUGAUAUGAUGAAAAACAGUGCAAAUCAGGGUAUGAAGAAAUGACCACACAGAAGUAAAAUAACUAAAAUUCUCCCUAUCAAAAUAAUAAUGGUGAGUAGAAAACUAGCGCGAAUGUUUAAGAUGAGCAAUGAAAUUAUAUGAAUAAAUUGUCUUCAAGGUGUCUCGCAUCUUGAGUUGAGUAAUUUAUUGAUUUAUUUUUCACGCAUAAUAAUCACAACGACAAAUUUCAUUUUAUAACCGGACCAUUUUAUAUCAAAAUUAUAUCAAAAAUUCAAAUAGUUUAAGUUUCGAUCAAUCAACGGCAUCAAAAAAAUUACAUCAAUUUCACUAAUCCUAAUGUUACAUUCAGUGGUUCAUUUUUUUACGUGUGUUUAGCGAAAAGGUGAAAAAUUGAAAAGGACUUGAAAAUCGUAGUUGAUAUGUAAUAGUGAUUGUGAAUAUAUAUUUAAAACGUGUAAAUAUUAGCAUUAAUUAGUAACUAAUUUAGAAAAACGGGGAGUUGAGAGAAUCUGUUUGCUUUGAAUAAUAUGGAUAAAGUUCAGUAUCUAGAAUAUUCUUCGAUGAAUGUGUAAUCGAGAAAAUUGUAUAACAAGUGAACGUGAAAGUGUAAAUGUGUGCCAAUGAUACACAAGAGAUCAACAUUCUAUUGUAUUUUGAUGGCUUGCUUACAUGUGUUCAAAGUUGGCUUAGAAGUGAAAUUUGAUGUUCGUUAAUACACACAGUUUGUCUGCACAAUCUAAGUGAGUUAUAGGAAAUUAAAAAAAGAUGUGGAAGCAUUUUCGAAUAACAAGCCAUUUUUUAUAUAUAUUUUUUUUUGUAAAAGUUUCUCUGGAAAGAAAAUUAAUAUCUAAGAAUGGAUGUUUUGAUACAGGCCGUAAUAAUUACAAAACAAUAUUUAAAAUAUGUGUGUAAAAUGUCAAUUAAAAGGUAAAAAAACCUGCGACUAGUUUUACGCAUAUAUCCAGUCACAUUCAAUAAAUUGCCAGAGUUUUAAAUUCAACCGUAAAUCCGUUCUCAUCGAUUUAUCAGUCAGUCCUUUUAAAACUAUUCUUUUCAGUUAUUUUGAACUUUUCUUCAAAACCCAAUAAUAUCUCUUAUAAUUCGGAUUCGGAAUUUCAUUCGUAUUAGUUCAAACAGAUUAGAAAGUAAUUACCGUGUAUCCGUUGUAAGUAAUCAACGUUAUUGACAGUAUAUGGAUAUAUGCACUGAAAAUUUAAAGAUGAAUGGAUCAAUAUUUAAUUUAUGUUCAAGUGAUAAACUUGAUCUAAUUCUUAAUUUAUUAAAAAAUUCAAAACGAGAAACGUUGAAAAACACGCACUUACUUGCAGACAUGCACAUUUACCGAAUUUAAGUUGGCGACUGAUUCAAAUUUGUUUAUUUAACUUAUUGACCAGCUAUCCAUAUCACCCGUACACACGAAAAAAUGCAAAGAAAUCAAUCAUCAAGUAGUAAAUUUGUAAAUGAUAUGAAUAUUUUACCAACUAAAUUUAAUUGAUUAAUGACAAAAUCACAUGAUAACGACAAAAACCAUCACUGAAAAAUUGAAAUGAUUUGAUGAAACAACUAAAGAAUCUUUAGUAAAGAUUACUGCCAACAAUAUAUGUUGGUGUGUUAUCAUAAGCCAUAUAAAAAAAAUAAGAAGAAUGAAAGGAUAAAUUAAGUAAAAAAAACUUACUCGAGAAAUUAGUAGCGAUUGAAUAAUUUAAAUUUGACCGUGAAUGCAGCUGAGAUGUAUUCAUAUUUAAUAAUAAAAAUUAUUAACAAUAUAUA